GGUUUGCUUCGUUGCCUUUAUUUAUUAAGUGCCAGGUGCUAAAACCAAAAGAUAACCGAGCUGCAGGAAAGGCUCUGUUUGCCUGGCACCAGGGUGCUGGGCUAGGUGAGUCCUUAGAAAGUAGCUCUGUGCUGUUUCCUUCUCUGCUCGACCCCAGAAGCAGCUAAAAACAAAAAAGCGGUCCCAUCGCUGGAGCCCCUAUUUCCUUGAUCGGUUACAUUGUGGGGAGGAGACAAUUGGCCUAUGUUUUGUUUCUUCUUCCCAGCCCUUUUCAAGCCCUGCCACCCCUCUCUUCCUUGGCGCUGCAGGUAGGAUUUUGACAGUCUGGAAAAGCGAAACCAGGUUCUGGUCUCAGCGCUGUUGCCACUUCCUGUGAGACUGCCUGUGAGUCGCUGACCCUCACUUAGUCUCCGUUCUCCGUAGAGAAGGUUGGAGAGGACAGAGUGGCCUCCAGGGUCCUGUCCAGCUCCUCGGUCUCUGAUGGUCUGAUACCCGCAGCAGUUCCCCCCAGCCCUGGGGCGGGCACUUUGGCUGAGCUCGUACAGAAGCUGGCGGUGUGUGUGUCUGAGCACUCCAGGGUCCUUGCACCACAGCUGGACGAGGCCCAAGCUGAGCGGUGCGUCCUAAGAAUGUUCUCAUGACACCGCACACCCGCCAAAGCCACAAGAACAGCCAGCCCUCCUCCCUUCCACUUCAGCCGGGUCCCACAGGAGACCUUCUGGGAGAGACAGGACACCUACCCCACUGGGGCUUUUCCUGACACCAACCGGGGCUGCUCUGGGCCGCUCGUGAGCGGAACUCAUCAAGGUGGCAGUGAUGGCGUUGAUGGGGACUUCAGGGCUUAUCUGGCCCGUGGACCCUGUGCUAAAGGCCAUCAAGGAAGGCGAUGAAGAGGCCUUGAAGGCGAUGAUCAAGGCGGGGAAGAACCUCGCAGAGCCCAACAAGGAGGGCUGGCUGCCGCUGCACGAGGCGGCCUACUACGGCCAGCUGAGCUGCCUGAAGACAUUGCACCAAGCAUACCCGGCAAUCAUUGACCAGCGCACCCUGCAGGAGGAAACGGCCCUUUACCUGGCGACAUGCAGGGGACACCUGGACUGCCUCCAAUCCCUGCUCCAGGCUGGGGCUGAGCCCGACAUCUCCAACAAGGCCCGAGAGACACCACUCUACAAAGCCUGUGAGCGCAAGAACGUGGAGGCGGUGAGGAUUCUGGUGCAGUACAACGCGGACACGAACCACCGCUGUAACCGAGGCUGGACGGCUCUGCACGAGUCUGUUGCUCGCAAUGACCUGGAGGUCAUGGAGAUCCUGGUGAGCAGAGGUGCUAAGGUGGAAGCCAAGAAUGCCUAUGGCAUCACCCCCUUGUUCGUGGCCGCCCAGAGUGGGCAGCUGGAGGCACUGAGGUUCCUGACCAAACACGGUGCUGAGAUCAACACACAGGCCAGCGACCACGCAUCUGCCCUCUACGAGGCCUGCAAGAACGAGCACGAGAAGGUGGUGGAGUUCCUGCUGUCGCAGGGUGCCGACGCCAACAAGGCCAACAAGGAUGGCAUACUCCCGCUGCACAUCGCUUCCAAGAAGGGCAACUACAGGAUCGUGCAGAUGUUGCUGCCGGUGACCAGCCGCACGCGCGUGCGCCGUAGCGGCAUCAGCCCGCUGCACCUGGCCGCCGAGCGCAACAACGACGAGGUGCUCGAGGCUCUGCUGAGCGCGCGCUUCGACGUGAACGCGCCCCUGGCGCCCGAGCGCGCGCGCCUCUACGAGGACCGGCGCAGCUCGGCGCUGUACUUCGCGGUGGUAAACAACAACGUGUACGCCACCGAGCUGCUGCUGCUCGCCGGCGCCGACCCCAACCGCGACGUCAUCAACCCCCUGCUGGUGGCCAUCCGCCACGGCUGCCUGCGCACCAUGCAGCUGCUGCUGGACCACGGCGCCAACAUCGACGCCUACAUCGCCACGCACCCCACCGCCUUCCCCGCCACCAUCAUGUUCUCCAUGAAGUGCCUGUCGCUGCUCAAGUUCCUCAUGGACCUCGGCUGCAACGGCGAGCCCUGCUUCUCGUGCCUGUACGGCAACGGCCCGCACCCGCCCGCCCCGUCGUCCUCCAACAGGUUCAACAACGCGCCCGGCUCGAACAAGGCGCCAGGCGUCGUCCAGUUCUGCGAGAUCCUGUCUGCCCCGGAGGUGAGCCGCUGGGCAGGGCCCAUCAUCGACGUCCUCCUGGACUACGUGGGCAACGUGCAGCUCUGCUCCCGGCUGAAGGAGCACAUUGACAGCUUCGAGGACUGGGCUGUCAUCAAGGAGAAAGCAGAACCUCCAAGACCCCUGGCUCACCUUUGCCGGCUGCAAGUUCGAAAAGCCAUUGGGAAAUACCGUAUAAAACUCUUGGACACGUUGCCACUCCCAGGCAGGCUGAUUAGAUACCUGAAAUAUGAGCACACCCAGUAACCGGGGCACGUGGAGAAGGAGUGGUUCCCCAGACUGUUUCACUGGGCGUCAGGGCAGCAGUGGUCCCAAAUCCAAGGGGGCCUGGUGGCAGACGAGGCUGUGGGCUGCCUCCGCCUCAGCUGGGGCAGCGCCGCGAUCUCACCGGCCUCCGGGCCAGGGCUUUGCCCAGAGCAGAGGACAGAAUGUGUCACGUUGCAGAAGAACCAUGUUUGUUUUCAAAUGGACAAGGAGAUCCCCGACCUGCUCUGCCAUCAGGGAUGGCAGAAGGCUCCAUUCCUGGGGCCAGGAGAUGGGACCAGGGCAGGACUUGGGGUGGUCUGGGGAAGGCAGGGGCCAGCAGGGAAGCCCUGGCGCCGCCUCUGGGCUGUGGCUGGAGAGCUUUUGGGGGUGAGUCUGUCUUUCCCAGACAGCCUUGCUGCAGAGUGUCCCUGUGCCCCUCCCCCUUUGCUCUGGGAAACUCUCCACUUGACUCUGAGCUCUCUCCCCAAAGGUGUGGCCCAGGGGAGUGGGGUGGGGAGACCUCGGUCCCAGAGGGCUUCCUUAGGUACAAUAAAUGUUGCACAGAUGGUG